ACACGGUGUGAUCUACUCUCGAUCGACUCCCAUGGCGAGGGGGAGGCGGCGGCGCCGUCGCCAGCGCAGGAAGAGGGCGUCGACGAAGCAGCUCACGGCGGCGGCGACCGUGCAGGACGUCCCCGACCACGUCCUCGAGAUGAUCCUCCUCCGCGUCGACUCCUCGGCCUGCCUCGUCCGCGCCGCGGCGUCGUGCAGGCGGUGGCGCCGCGUCGUCGCGGACGCCGCGUUCCUCCACUCCUUCCGCACGCUCCACGGCGCGCACCGCGUCGCCGGGGUGUACCGCACCGUCGACCCCGCCUACGGGCGCCCGCUGCCCGGCGGCAACUUCGUCUUCGUCCCGUCCACGCCGCUCGCCGCCGGUGACAGCUGUUGCUUCGCCCUCGACUUCCUCCCUUACGGCGGCCGCAACUCCUGGGAGCUGCUCGACUGCCGCGGCGGCCUCCUCCUCCUCUCCAAGAAGCGACCACGAUUCGGCGGCGUGGCGACGUCCCGUCGAUUCACCGAUCUCGUCGUCUGCGAGCCAUUGACGCGACGGUACCAGGUGAUCCGUUGUCCGGCCAACCUAAAGUUCUUCAUGUGCCUCGGGGUCUUCUUGCUCGACGACGACGCCGCGACCGGCGGCGUGUCGAAUUUCAGGGUCAUCGCCGUGCUCUUCGAUCACCACAGGUGGCUCGACUACCGUGGCAUGCCAAUGUCCAUGAUGUUCUCCUCCUCCGGCUCCGGCGGCGACGGCACAUGGCAGGUGGUGCAGUGGGAGACCAUCGACGACGUCGAUCUACCUCAUUGGAUCGAACACAUCACCUUCGUGGGGCGCGCCAAUGGCCGCAUAUACUGGGGAAUCGACAACGAAGACGGCGCCACGCUCGUCCUCGACGAGAGCACCACCGAAUUCGCCAUCACGAUGUUCCCGGAGAACGUCUGGGCGCCCUAUGACAAGUACACCUUCCGUGUCAUCGGCGACGGCGACGACGGUGCUCUGCGUGUCGUCCGCGUGAUAAACAACGAUCUCAAGGUCUUCACGCAGCUCGCCGGCGGCGGCGAGUGGGUGCUGGAGAAGACGGUGAGCUUGCCGGAGGCGACACGUGGGCUGCCGGGGCGCGAGGAGGGACUCUUCUUCCAGCACGGCGAGGCGAUGAUCGUCGCGGCGAGCGCGGCGUACGUCCUCGUGACGCCGCGGGAGAAGGCGUGGAUGUUCUCCGUCGAGCUGGACACGAUGGAGGUGGAACGCGAGCACGACAGGAAUUGGUAUCCCGGGCCGGCUUAUCAGUACGAGUCGUUGCCAUGGCCACCCGCAUUGCAGGUUUGCACUGAUGGAUAAUAAACAUGUUGUAAUUAUCAGAUUAUUCUGCUCGAGAAAUCAAUCAAGCUAUAUAUAAUGGUCAGUCACCGUGCAAAUUAUUCGGCUAAAUCCGGCUAAAUGUUUGUACUGUAUGGCUUUUCAAGUUCUUAGGUAUACAUGUUUUCCCUCCUUCUACAGGGGACAUAUCUGGUGAAAACGAGCUAAGUAUUGGAAACUCGUGAAAAUCGGACCUAAAAGUUUUGUAAAUUCACUGAAAAAAUACAAGAGAUAGAUGCAAAUAUGAAAUAGGAAAAAGUACAAAUUACC